CGCGGUAUUCAGUAGAGUGGCGAGAGCCGUUGCGAGCGGUGUAGGCUUCUCGCGAUCGCUUCCGAGCUUUUAAACGCACGACGCGGCCGUCGUUCACCGUACGUCACACUGAUAUAAAAUUGUUGCGAACAUAGUUGAGAGUGCGAUACGUUUACCCCGACCAAGGAUCGUUAUCGAACGGGACAAAUUCCAAAGGAAAGAAAAAAAGUAAACAAUACGGUAGAGAUAUAAAGCGAGAAUCUCCGUCCGUUUGGAGCAGGGCGAAUAGUGACUCGGUACUCGGUUCGAUUCCUACCCUUAGUUACAGAGGAUCACGACAACGAGUGGCAACACGAUCAGUGACGUUUUUGGAUUAUUGUGAUUGUUCCGAUUUACCGGUUACGUAGUCGGAAAGAGAGAGAAGUGACGAACGGAGGCUUGUCAACGUCGACUAAACUCCCGUGUCGGGUUCGCUGCAGAGCCGAUCUCACAGUGCGCGCCGAUUUUCUCAAGUUCGAAACGGUUUCGUAGGCGCGAUUCGAGGUGUCGCUGACGGCGAUCGAAUACGUCUGAUUUGAGUGUCGAGCCUCUUCGGUGGUGUGACGUGUUUUUCGGUAUUUGUGUGUGCUGAAGAAGGCGCAGGAAGAGAGGGAGAGUCUUCUCCAAGGCAGAGAGGCAACCCAUUACCGGACUGCACACAAACGCGAUAUCAUAAAACGGGCGGCAGACUUGAAAGGAAUCUCCGUCGAGCAAGUGAUGCUGUGAGUCGCGUUACAGUCUCAAAGGCGAGGCGAGAGAGGCGCGGAAAGUACUCAUCUCGAACGAUGGAAGCUCUCGUUGCAGCUUUUAUCAUCGCGUUCGCUCUCUUCGGCAACUGCCUUUGCGUCGAAUGGCGACACAGCGCGGUGCUCGACAACAAUUUCCUUGUCCUAUGGACCCCGGGUGAGAAGGACGUCACCUUCGAGGUCCAGGUAAAGACUCUGGGCUACGUUGGCCUGGGAUUUACCAAGGAUGAGGGACGCGCCGGAGCUGACAUGGUCAUUGGCUGGGUCGACAACAAUGGACAGGUUCAUCUCCAGGAUCGACACGUGAAGGAUGCCAGCAGAGAUCCGCAAAUGGACUCCAGUCAGGACUAUCGUCUUCUACUUGGAUACGAGAACAAAACCCAUACGGUACUGCGAUUCAGCAGAAGGUACGACACCUGCGACCCAAGAGAUCUGAAGAUCACGAAUGACACAAUGCAGGUCGUUUGGCAGUAUCAUGCCGAGGAGCCCGUAUCAGCUGCGGGGGUUUUGCCCGAUCACGGAGACGUCAGGGGGACGAGACCCCUUUAUCUCGUGCAACGCGAUGCGCAGCCACGUCGCAGCUCACGAAACCAGGAACCAGAGACGCCGCUCAAAAUCUGGGACGUCUUAAACCAGCAGGUUCGUCUGCCCAUGGAGGAGGACACGUUGCUCUGGUGCAGGGUGCUCGAGAUGCCGCCGAUCCGGCGCAAGCACCACGUCGUGAGGUACGAACCGGUUAUCCAGCCUGGCAGCCACGAGUAUCUCCAUCACAUGACGCUCUACGAGUGUCGCGGUUCCGUCGCCGAGUUGGAAACGGCGGCUCGUUCCACGGGUGGAGUUUGCUACCAAUCAGGUCAGCCCACCUUGCAGUGCAACACAAUAGCAGCCACGUGGAGUCUGGGGUCCGAGGGUUUCAAUUACCCCCCGGAGGCCGGUUACGCCCUCGACCCGCACGCGGGGCCGCAAUUCUACAUGCUCGAGACCCACUACACGAACCCGCAGCUGGACGCCUUCAUCAGCGACAGCUCGGGCCUGCGGCUCCUCUACACGGAGCGGCUGCGUGUCCACGAUGCCGGAGUGCUGAGCAUCGGGAUAGAUCCGAACUGGAGGCACCUCAUCCCCCCGGGUCAGCCGGAAGUCGUGUCCGAGGGUCACUGCGUCGCCGACUGCACCGGUCAGACCAUUCCCAACAACGGGGUCAACAUGUUCGCGGUGAUAAUGCACACUCAUCAGCUCGGGAAAAAGGUCCGACUGAGGCAGAUACGCGCCAGCGUUGAACUCCCGCCCAUCGCCUCGGACACCAACUACAACCCGAGCUAUCAGGAGUAUCGCAGACUCCAGAGACCCGUCAAGGUGUAUCCGGGUGAUCAUCUGGUAGCUGAAUGCACCUAUUCGUCCGAGUCCAGGGCUGCGAUUACAUUGGGCGGAUUGACCACCAGGGAGGAAACGUGCCUGAUAUCUGCACUCUAUUACCCACGGAUAGAGCUCUCGCUAUGUUAUUCGCUUCCCUCCCUGCCCACCGUUCUCCACAGUUUGGGCAUCCAGCAGCUUACGCCUAACUCGAGUCCCGUGAAGAUUCAGGCGCCCCCUGAGCUCUCAGGUUUAACGCUGGAGGAGCGCCUGGUCAGCUACGACUGGGAGACGAGCUUUCAGAGCUUUCAGGAAGCCACGCGGAGCGGUACGUUCAAACCGCUCUGCUGGAGCAGUCGAGGCGAUCUUUUGCCGGGCACGGCGCAGCUGGAAUCACGCUACCCGCGGAUAAUCACGCCGUACAAAGAGCCGACGUUACCCUGCACGAAGAAGCCGACGCAGAACAAGUUCUCGAAGCUGCUGAGCAAGGACGGCGACAUCGGAAGCCCAGUCGAGCCUGACAGCGACGAAGCGAACGCCGUCGAGCGGGGUCAGCUGGUGCGAAGCAAGGUGUCGCGGAGCAGCGAAGGGCCCAUCGCCGGAAGUUCCAGGACCCGAAGCGUAUCCGUUGCUCUAGUCGUCGCCGCCCUCGUCGCCGCUCUCAGAUGAACGCCUCACGACGUGCCGCGAACUUGGUGGUGAAUUUCGUUCGUUUGGUGCCGAUUGUGUGUUUCGCGUUUCGUGUCAAGUGCGAGGUGUGGUGUCCCGCUAGGAUUCAGGAUCAAGGAUCGAGGAUCGAGAAUCGGGGUGAUCAAGGAUACGUGGAUCGGACACGAAUGUGUGAGUAUGUGAUACCUGCAUAUCGGACAGAGGAGAUUUUCCGCGUAUCCGCGAACACGUUUGCUGAUCUUUGUUUUCUUGUUCCCCGUCGCGAUUUUGCGAUGAGUAUAAAAUCGCGCCGCAGCGGUUUCCCGCAGGGUAUUCUUCUUUUCGCCGAUCAACGGAUUCCCCUAAUUUUCACUAUUUAUUCACAGCUCAAACUUGAUAAAUUAAUUCUUACGACACAACUACGGAGAAACGAUGCGAGGCUGUCGUACUGUUGGUACAAUUUAUGCUUAUUUACGUUGAGCGCGUACCUUGCGAUUGGCCGAUGAAGAAAAAUACCCGGCGACGGUGCGAGUCCGAUACAUGUAACGUGUAAUAUGUGUGUUUCGGGAUCUAUGAUCUAUAGGUAUUGUAAUAGCUCCGCGAGACAUGAAGUGAGAGAUAAAUUGUAAUAUUGAAUCAAUCAUUGUUGUUGGCUGUUUAUUUGCCCGACGAGAACCAGUCCAUGUCCGAUAUACGGAAUUUAAACAGUAUAUACAUUAUGUAUAUAUUUAUACACUUAUAUACUAGUUAUCUCAUUAUAAUAUGUAUAAUACGUAUAUCGCGUCCGAGAAUUACGCCUGAGCGCUUAAAUUAUUCCUCUACCGACGCCUCCAACUACUGACUCUAUUAUCUCGUUAUUCUGCUCGAGGCAUCUCGUGCACAUAGUUUGAGAUAUACACUACUGUGUGUACGCACACCGAGGGUUUCUAUUUUCUUUUUAUAUAUUUUUUUUUUAUUUUAUUUGUUUUUCCUAAAAUUUUCUCGUGUAAAUUUUCAAGUGUACAUAAUUAUUGUACAUAAUAUACGUUUUUCGUAAUCAAUGCACGCGCAUAUGUAUUAUAUAUUUAUAUAUUGUAAACCGCAAUAUUCGCCGGAACGGUCGUUGAUUGGGUCUCGUCGGGAUUUUGUAAAUUUUGUUAAUUAUUAAAUUUAUUACAUGGAAACGGGUCGUUACGUGUGUGACAUUUUGUGAAAUAUAUGUAUAUAAGCGCUGGUUGACUCGCGUGCCGAGAAUAAUAAUAAUAAUAUUAUUAAUGAUGAUGAUAAUAGUAAUAAUAAUAUUUACAUGUAAUACAUCGUUGCCUCAGACGUUGCUAUUAAUAGGCUGGUAUAUUUUUUUGGACUAGACGCGAACAUUUUUUCUCUUGUUUCAUUUACCGUUUUUCUUCAUUUAUUUCUCUAAAGAAAAAGCUUUUCCGCCUUAAAUUCGCGACCGUUGAUUAAUUACUUCACGACUUAACCAACGCUUAUAUAUCGCAGGAUUUCUCUUGUGUGUUAUCAUGUACAGUAUAACGACAACCCAGUAUUCUAUUAUUAUUAUUAUUACUAUUAUUAUUGUUACUAUUAUCAUUAUUGUUUUGAAUACGUACCCUAACAUAAAAAAUGGAAAAAUGAAGAAAAAGAAAAGAAAGAAUGAAAAGUGAAAAAAGUAAAGGAAAAAUAUUAUUUAUUCAUUUAUUUAAAUUACUGUAAAGAGAGAGAUUAUUUUGAAAUAAGGUUGUUAACACUUUUCUAUAUAUAUUCAUCCACAAAUACGAUUUGAUACCUAAUCUAAUGUAAUAUCGAACCCCCGUAAUUGAUAUCUAUAAUUACUGUAAUCCUGAAACCCUCUAGCCUAGAGCCUUGUCCCUAAAAUAGGUUUAAGACUAAAAACCGAACGCGAUAUAACAAUAUGUAUAAAUUAAUCGUCACACGCGUUCAGUCUUUCUGCUAUAGACGGUAUACAUGAUAUAAUAUACACAAGCAAAUUAGCUCAAAGCGAAGGGAUUGCGAUGUCGUUCGGAAAAUAUUACUUAAUCGGAAUCAUCGACCUUUUGAAUUUUUCACUGAUGUCGUCUGCAAAAUUUUUUCACCUGUAUAUUUUUCGUGUUAUUUCUUAUUCGGUAACAAUUUGCUGCUAAGGGAACUGUAUCGUACACCUGUAAGUAUUUAUCGAUCUUCAAGCGACAUCGCUCAGAAAGAAACAUGAAAAAAAAAAUAACAUAAAUUGACGUACGAUAAUCGUGACAGAGAAGCAGGGAGGCAAUAUUAGAAAAUUAUAAAAACGGAAACGUAAGCCACGGAUUCCAUUUUUGAUGUUAGACUGCCCCCCCCCCCCCCCCCCCCCUGCUAAUACGACAUAUGCACGCACUCUAUUCAUUCUCCUCUCCUUUCGCCUUCUCCUUUGCCGAACCUUAGGCAAGUGAAUAUGAAUUCCUGCCACCAUAAAUUCGCGCGGAGGUUGAGAAAAUCGUACCCCAUCGUAGAACGUAGACAUACAGUAGCCGCAACCCCGUAUAUAGCAGGUAAUAGAUAAACAUUAAUUACGAUACGUAAAAAAAAAUUUUACAAUUUAAUACAGUAAUUCGUAAAUGUAAUAGGGAUUUGUGUGUGUAGGCCGUAGGGCGGUUAACUUGCUAUUUGAAAAAGAAAGAGAAAAAAAAAAAUUAUAAUCGUAAAAAUUAAACGCUGUAUAAUAUACUUAGGAAAUUAAAUAGUAUUUCGAAAAAACGUCACCAUUCGAACUGCCAACCCGUUAUGCAUAUAUAUUAAUCCGUUUGUCCAAUGUUAUCAAUUUUGACAUAUUUUUUUCUUCCAUCGACAUUCGAUUCCAAUUUUUCUUUCUUCGUUCUUCCCCACAUCCACGAAUACACUUUAAUUUUUGCUCUGCAUUUUCAUUGCAUACGCUUACAAUCGCAAUACCAUAUACCUAUUAUACAACAUUAUAGUCACGGAUAUUCAAUUCAAUCUCCGAAUCGUCCGGGGAUUGCGUUGCAUUCAAAUUGAAUAAAAGUAUCGAUAUUAUUGUUAUUAUUGUAUUAUUAAUACUACUACUAUUAUUAUUAUUAUUGAUAAGUGGUAACCGGAAUGCAAUUGGUGUGGACGUCGCGUACAAUGUUGAGUUAUGGAUAAAAAAAAAAAUAUGUUCUUUCGUUUAUAUUAAUUUUCAAAACUUGCGAAUAGAAAAGAAGUGAAUGUCAAAUAUAAAUUUGGUCCGUCGUAAUUACAUCUUUCCAUCCGUCCACGCGACUCGCUAUGCGGUUACCGCUGUAUUAAGCCGACCAAAGCUACGGAAUGAGAGAUCCUGGGGGGCACAAGGAGCUGCCAGUGAUAUGACCAGAACAAUCAGCAAAAGCGUGACAGUUUCGCAAUGAUAAGAAAAAAAAAAUAAAUAAAAAUUAAUGAAAAAAGAAAAAGAAACGAGUCACUUAAAAUACUGGAAUUAUGUUA